AUGGCCAGUGAGUUUCUACGCUCAUCUCCUGCAAGGGCUGAAAACGAUGAUUUUAAGCUAAACAAAGCCAUUUCGGCAACCCAAACACCGGCAUCCCAUAAACUCUCUUCAAUCGCGUUUGCCAAAUCGUUAACAUCUUCAACAUCUUCAUCAUCUGUAAAACAUCAACAUCAACAUCAAAAUCUGCAACUGCAACUGCAACUGCAGCAACAUCCGUCACAGGCAACGUUUCAAUAUUUUCCUCCUUCAGCAUCCAAGUUUCUCAACUAUCCAACUAAUUUAACAGGAUGGACACCACUAAUAUCCAAGACUUACUCUAAUGAUCAAAUCUUAUCGUUUAAUUCGACACCUAAUACUAAUAAGUGGUUCACUCCAUCUUCACUUAUCCUACCGCAGAAUAAUCAAAACGUAUCGGCAGCACCGCUUACACAGCCCGCCCCGCCGUCAAUAGCACAACCACAAUCACAAGGUGAAGAACUACUAAAUCAACAAACAAGCAUCAACGUUAGCAAUACCACAACAUUUUUACCAAGUGCCGCGGCAGCAGCGACGACAGCAACAACAGCAACAGCAACAACAACAACAGAAUAUGAAUACCAAAGUCUCGGACUAACUCCAUUUAUGAACAACAAUUUCAACAUUUUAGGAAACACAUCUGGUAGUGGUAUCACUCCCUAUCAAGAACGUGUCUUUCGACAAAAUUGUGAAUUCUAUAUAGAAUCGCCAAUUCGAACGAAUAACAAUAUUGAAAACUUUGCAAUAACACCAUCUAAAUUCAGCUUAAACAGUAUUGCUAGUAAGAAAUUAGCACAGGACCCCAUGAAAAGCGCAACAAAGAGAAAUAUUGCUUUAGUAGAUACGCCACCUAGAAAACCUCAUAAAUUGAGUAUAAUUACGAGAGCAGAAAACGAUGGAGAGUCGGGUGAAAUGGAAGAGGAAAUAAAGAGUAGCCUCAAAGGACAAGAAAUUGCAAAAGAAACAACAGGAGAUGAAACUGAUGACGAGGUUGAACAAGAAGAACAAGAAGAAGAAGAAGAAGGAGAAGAGGAGGAGGAAGAGGAGGAAGAAGAAAAAGAAAAAGAAGGAAAAGGAAAAGGAGAAGUAAAAAAAGAAGUAGAAGAAGAAGAAGUGAAAAGAGAAAAAGAAGCAGAAGCUAAAGUUGACGGAAAAGUUGAAACAAAGAUUGAAAAAGACUGCUUACUUCAAACUCCAUGUAAAAAACCACUCAUGAAUAUUUCCAAUCAACUAAAGGUAGAGUUUAAAACUCCUGCUAAUAAAAAGACCACUUUAAGUUCACCAUCAACUAUAUUAUUGACUUCCGCCAAGCACACUAAUGUUGAUGUGGAUAACAUACUUGAGAAUUCAAAUGACGACAAGGAGAACCAACCACCUCCAAGUCCUACACCUGCCAAAACUUUAGCAGAGCCUAUAAUGGGGAUAUUUACUGAAAAAAAACCACUGCAAACGAAAACAAGAUUGAAAAAGUCAACAUCGACAAAGUUUUCAAAAGCAACCAACUCCAACACCCACUCCAAUCACAUUAACUGCUCUUCCUAUUACUCCUCCUCCUCCAAACAUGAUGAGCAAUUGCAUUCUGAGAAUAAAUCAAAAAUGCAAGCAGGAAUGACCAAGUUUCAAAUUGUAUUAACUGAUUUUAACGCUUAUACAGGGAAGAAAAAGAGGGCUCAACAUACUGAACAAAAGAGAGUUCCUCUUAUAAAGCAACAACUACAACCACAACCACAACCACCGCCGCCACCACCACCUCAAACACUAACCCAAUUACAGCCACCUCAGUUACAAACGCAGCUGUCAUCAAUCGUGGAUAAUAGUAUAAUCAUGAAUUCAUCAAGAGAACAUAGUAGUAUAUUGUCACUCAGCAAUAAUAGUACAAACAUAUCGAGUCAUUUCAACCUUACAAUGGACCAUUCAUCUUUCGAACUGGGCGGUAUUUCGUCAACACCCAACUCCAAAGUAUUACUAGAUAGAAUUUUCGAUAAGCAGUCACCGCAACAAAUGCUUUAUUUCCAACAGCAGCAGCAUCAUCAUAAUUAUUCUGCACCACUACAGCCACAAUCACUGCAACCUACACAUUAUCAAGUACAAGACUCAUCAACUAUCAUGCAUCAGCAAGCUCAACAGCAUAGCUCUGAUGGGAAUAUGCCACCCCCUUCACAACAAAGUAAUAAACACAUACAACACAUACAACACACACAACCACCACUACCAUUACCAUCAUCUACAUCUACAUCUACAUCAUCAUCAUUGUACCCUAUAGUAUCUAUGAUGUCAACACCACAGCAUUCUCACGUAUACAAUAAUCAGAGUAACCAUGGAAAUGAAGUUUUCUCUACGCAGAUUCCAUCACCUUGGAAUUUUGGAUUUAGAACACCACCAAGGACAAUUGCAUUUAGCAGUAACAACAACAACAUUAAUAAUAAUAAUAAUAAUAAUAAUAGCAAUACUCAAUUCAACACUUGCACGUCAACGAUUACCAGCCAGAAUGUGUCAAUAGAAUCUACGGAUUUGAAAAAACAAUCGAUCAAGGUCAAAUUAGACACAAAUUCCAAAUGA